UGGGGUGUUGUAGCAUUUCCAUACAUCGUGGAUCAACAGCCAGCUUAGCUAAAAAGCUCAGAACAGGCAUUGGAUUUUACUUAUUGCCAUUGUCUUCACUGUACCUGGGCCGCUGCUGAUUUCUCCUAUUCGGACUACUUUAUCUGAGGGAUAGAAAGAAUGAAGGUUAUCAUUAUGACAUUUUUCCUUAUUGGAGCAGCUUUUGCUAACCCAAUUUUACACAACAGUUUGGUAUCAACUGAAUCUGAAUCAAACUCUACUGAAAGUUUGUCCAUUUUAGAAUCUUCUGAAAAUAACACAUCAGAGCUUCAGAGCUCUGAGGAAAGCACCUCCAAUCAGAGUUCAGAGUCUGAAUCAGCAGAAUCUACUUCAGAGGACAAAACCUCCGAGGAGAGUGACAGUCAAUCAGAUGAGAAUGAUGGGAUGGACUCUAUGGAUGAAACCAAAGAUAAUAGCAUGGGCAGUGAGGAGAAUGUUCGAAAGCAGAAUUGGGUGAAAGUGUUUGCGAGUGUUGUCAAAGGAGUGAGUGCAGAGGACAACACAAGCACGGAGGUCAAAGGUCACCUAGAAUCCCUCAGCAAUGAGCUGAGCGAUAAACAGCAGACUGACACCAAGACAGUUCAGAUCCGCACCAACCAGCCACUGUUGGAACAGUCCACCGACAGCAGCGACACCAGUGACAGCGGCGAUGUUACGACUGCUGCGAGCGACAGCUCUGACAGUACCAGCAGCGAAAGCCAAGAGAGCCAGGAGACAAGUGACAGCAAUGACAGCAGCGCUGCCAGCAAGAGCACGGAAGACAGUAAUGCCAGUGACAGCGCCGAACUGGAACAAGUCAGGGCCAAAGACUGUGUGAACAGUAUGCAGAGCUGUGAAAGUGAGGAGUAUUUUCUGCAGAGUAUAGGAGACGACGCCCAUUCCCCAGGGGAGCAUAUGAUGGUGCCAGACGAGGAUGACAGAGAGCUGAGGCUCAGAAGAUGAUGAAAUGCAACCUUUAUGUUGUCAUAUCUGAGUUUUAUUUAAUGACCAGCUUAAAGACUAACGAAUGUUCUCCUCUGAACAUUGAUUCUGGCCAAAUGCUACCAGCCGCUGAUUCACUCUUAUAUGUGAAAAUUACUGUGACAAUAUAACCUACACAUGUACUUUGCUUUAAUAUGUCAAAAAUAAAAUUUAUAUUACCAUUGUA